UCUCGAAGGCUCAGCGGAAAAAGAACCCCUUAAGAUGAUGGGAGGUCGCGUUGUGUUGGUAGUGCUGGCUGCUGUGUUGGCAGUGGCGUUGGCAGAUCCCAGCUACCCCCGCCCUCGGCCUCGUCCCCACCCUUCCCCCUGCUACCCCAAGGUCAAAUACGUGACCAAGUACCAGACUCAGGUCCAGGAGGUUCCAGUCUACAGGACCGUGUACAAGACCCAGGUCGUCCCAACCACCUACUACCAGACCCAGUACCAGACCCAGUACCAGACACAGUACGAAACCGAGUACGUCCCGAGGUACGUCACCCAGACGGUCUACAAAACGCAGGUGCAGUACCAGACCCAAACCCAAGUCCAGUACCAGACGCAGUACCAGACUCAGUACAUCACCACAACAGCUUACGUGCCCAGCUACGUCACCCAAACCGCUUACCAGACCGUGUACAAGACCCAGAUCCAGUACCAAACCCAGUACAAGACCCAGGUGGUGCCCCAGUACGUCACAGAGACCGAAGUCCAGUACCAAACGCAGUACCAGACCCAAGUGGUCCCCCAGUAUCACACCGUCACACAAACGCAGCAGUCCUACGUGACCAGGUGUCCCAAGCCAGCAUACGGUUACUAAACCAUGACACGAAAUGUAAAAAGAUAUUGAAACAGAAACAUGUUUUUUAAACUAAUAAAUAUAUAAUUUCUUC